AUGAUCUCCAGGGGCAUCUUACGUGGCGCCCGUUUGUACUCCACUUCCGGAGACUCAAAGGGCCUGGCUCUCUUUUUGUCGGAUUUGAUGAAGAGAGUUGAUGCCAUUUCAGCUAAAUCUCAGCAGAUUAAGGCUCGUGAAGAUGAAGCCAAGAAGGCUAGAGGAGAAAGUACUUUGGAUACAAAGAAAGCAGACGGUGGAAAAUCCCAAGGAAACAAGCACAAGACUCAAAGAAAGCCAUCCAACAAUAAUGCUGCCAGAAAUCAGCAACUUAAAGUGGCAGACCAUCCUUUGGGUGAUAGCACCUUCAACCUGGGUAACAGGUUCCGUGAGAGACUGAACAACAACGGUCAGAACAAGAACGGUGAACGUAAGACCUUCCAGAACAGAAAUAGAGAAGGCCGUAACUUCCAGAAUAGAGAAGGCCGUAGUUUCCAGAACAGAAACACUGAGGGUCAGAAUUUCCAGGAGAAGAAGACUGAAGGUAGCCUUAAUUUUGAAGGACAGAAGAAGAACUUUAGAGAAAGAAGAGAGGCCAGUGGAUCUGCCGAGACCCAAGACAGAAAACCUUUCAACAACAGAGACAAACCUAGACGUAACGCUACCAGAAGCCAGGAGGAUGGUAACCAGACCCCACGUAAGGCAGGCUCGCCAAGAAGCUUUACCAAGGACAGACAGACGAAUAGACCAAGAAGAGAUAGAAACACUGGCAGAUACGGCAACAGGGAUGGUGACAAGGACGCCAGCACUGCCAUUGCAACAAAGAAGAUCGAAUCUGUUGCUUAUAAGCCAUCCAUCAACGGUGACACAUUCUUCUACGGUAAAGCUACCAGUGCAUUGGCAGGCGAUUCCGCUAGAGUCUCUGCUGUGGCCAAGGAAUUCCUUAUCAAGUCUCGUUACCCAUACAAGUUGCCUAAACUGAUCAUCGACAGUGUGCAACCUGGUAUUGUCGGUAACAGAUUCCUUUUACAGAAGGACUGGAAGUUGGGCGUCAACCCAGAGGAAUUUAAGAGCAGAAUGAGAGAGGUGUUCAAGGGAGAGGUGCAACAGGUGACUCCAGACAAGGCUACGCCCAAGGACGUGUUGCCUGUUAUCGAAGAUGCAGCUCAGGUGUUGAUGAAGAACGGUACCUACUCGGUUGCUGAUAAGAAGAUAAUGUUGGACGUUGCCAGCGGCAUCACCUCGCCCAAGCAAUUGCUUCAGAACGCCCACUGGGUGAAAUAG